AUGUCUCUGGGCAAUGCUGAACCUUCGCGUCCUCACUUCACAGGACAUACGCUGCACCUUGGCAAAGCACCAGCUCCUGCUCCUUCCUGUAUCAAGUCUGUCGUGAGUAUCGCUCCCAAGCAGCGUGCCAAGACGCCAUUCGCACGCAGCAUCAGGACGCUCAAGCGCUGGAAAGCACAUCUCAGUGCAAGCAGCUACGCAGAUUGUGAAAAGAGUACAGACGUGUAUGGUUUCGUCCAGCUUGAAGAGCAAGUGGAAAACAAGCGUCUAUCCUGGUGCAGCUGGAGGUCAUCUGCUCAGAGGCAUGUCCAUGUUCCGACUUUAAUGGAGCUCUUUCGCCAUACAAGCAUCGAGCAAGUCUCACACGCUGUUCAGGCAGAUGCCAGUCUUGUCCAGCGUGAUGAUGCCUUCAACAGACGGUGGUUUGAUCAGCUCCGUGCCUCUCGCCACGAGCGUCUCUAG